GCGUGCAGCCAUUUGCAUUUAUGCUUCAAAUCGUAAUAAAUACUUGGUACAUUCCUUUACAUAAUCAUCCAUUUGCUAUUUUUAACGGCAAUGAGUGAAGAAGCGCAUACGUAAAAAUAGAUAUUUAAAUUCCAAACCUACGAAAAUUCCUACGAAUUGUAAUAAAUAAAAAUUCAUAGUCGCAGUGCAAGUGGCAUUUUCCAGUUAACAACCAAUAAAUGUCGUCGAUAGAUGAUUUGAAUCAGUCCUUCUGUGGCAGUCAAAGCGAAAUGAACAUUUGGAAAGGAAAAUUGCUGGCGGAUGUGCCAUUCGGUAAUGUGCUCAUAGUGAGUGGGAAAGUGAAACCAAAUCCGAAUAAAAUUUGCUUGGACAUAACCGAUAAUAUUAAGGGUCAAAAUGAGAGCGAAACGGUUUAUUUGAAAAUUGAGGCGAAUUUUAGGGAGAAUCAAAUAAUAAGGAGUAUGUUUAUGCCCGGCGAAGGUUGGCAACAAGAAGAGAUCUCAAAGAAUUGGAAAUCUGAUGGACCGAAAAAUCCAUUGGUGCCAGGAAAAACAUUCACAUUUCGCAUUGCUGUUCUACAAAAAUGCUUCGAAAUCUACAUAAACGACAAUCUCUAUGGAGCCUUCGAAUUUGUGAAAUUUCCCAAACCAAUAAAUUUCGUAAUGGUUUACGGUGACUUUGAAAAAAUCACACAAUUCCAUCAACGAAUGCUAUUUCCGCUCGUCUUUCCGAGAAGUUUGAUUUGUCCGGAGAAAAUUGCUUUUCAAAGUGAUGUACCAAAGAAAUACGAAGUUGGUACCGUUGUUGCUAUGGAGUGCAUUGCUAAAGGUCCACCGAAUACGGCUUUCUCCAUUUGCUUCCAAUGCAAUGACACAGGGCGCAUUGUGCUCAAGUUUCAUGUGAAUUUUGAGACUACAACCGUGUCACGCACUUACGAGCGGCCCGAUAACAGUUUUUCGUCGGAUGAUGAGGAAACUGAUGGCGAAUUUCCAUUUCAACGUGGCAAGAUCUUCAAAAUCGCAUUCGGCAUUGGCGACAAGGCAUUCAUAAUUGCGGUGAAUGGCCAAUAUUUUACCUACUACAAUUAUCCUAUUCGCACAUUUGCCAUAUCGACACUGAAGUGUUUCACCAAUAAUGUUGGUGAUUUUGCGGUGAAAAAUUUGGAAUAUCAUUGCGAUUCGCCCUUAUUGACGCGCGUCGAAAAAUUGUCGCUCAUUUAAUUGGAAAUCCUCAAAAAAAUAUAUAGAUUAAUAAUAUUAUAUAGCAAAUUGUUGUAUUUGCAUUUCAUACGUAGAUUUUUGGCAUAAGCAGUGGUUAGUUCAAGCACAUCAAAUUGCAUAUUUUGUAUUUGCAAAGGAAAUCAGU